UGGUGUCUUCUCUUGUCAACAGUACUUCUGGUGUCCACCUCAGGAAUCUCCUUGUCCAGUCUUUAAAGACUUGAAAAUUAGAGCAUCUACCACAUAUAUUCUUCUUGAGAGUUUCCAUCACAAAUGUUCAAAACUUUCUGAAGAAGCAUAAAGACUUGAAGGUGCUAACAAGCAGGGAACAAACGAAAAGGACAGCCAGUAGGUGAGGAGAGGCCAUGGAAUACCCACCAACUAGAUAAUCAUCGCUGGAAUAAUUGGGAAGUGUCUGAAUGUAGGCUGCAGCAGUCCUGAAGGUUGAUGGAGGGCCAUGCUAUUCAAACAGCAGGCGUGGCUGAGACAGAAGCUCCUGGUGCUGGGAAGUCUUGCCGUUGGGAGUCUCCUAUAUCUAGUCGCCAGAGUUGGGAGCUUGGAUAGGCUACAACCCAUUUGCCCCGUUGAAGGCCGAUUCAGUGGAGCCCGUGGUCAGGCUGAAUUCCCGCUGCGUGCCCUGCAGUUUAAGCGUGGCUUGCUGCACGAGUUCCGCAAGGGCAACGCUUCCAAGGAGCAGGUUCGCCUCCAUGACCUGGUGCAGCAGCUUCCCAAGGCCAUUAUCAUCGGGGUGAGGAAAGGAGGCACAAGGGCCCUGCUUGAGAUGCUAAAUCUCCAUCCUGCAGUGGUCAAAGCCUCUCAAGAAAUCCACUUUUUUGACAAUGAUGAGAAUUAUGCCAAGGGCAUUGAGUGGUAUAGGAAAAAGAUGCCUUUUUCCUACCCACAGCAAAUCACAAUUGAAAAGAGCCCAGCAUAUUUUAUCACAGAGGAGGUUCCGGAAAGGAUUUACAAAAUGAACUCAUCCAUCAAGUUGUUGAUCAUUGUCAGGGAGCCAACCACAAGAGCUAUUUCUGAUUACACUCAGGUGCUAGAGGGGAAGGAGAGGAAGAACAAAACUUAUUACAAGUUUGAGAAGCUGGCCAUAGACUCUAAUACCUGUGAAGUGAACACAAAAUACAAGGCAGUAAGAACCAGCAUCUACACCAAACACCUGGAAAGGUGGCUGAAAUACUUUCCAAUUGAGCAAUUUCACGUCGUCGAUGGAGAUCGCCUCAUCACAGAACCUCUGCCAGAACUUCAGCUGGUGGAGAAAUUUCUAAAUCUUCCUCCGAGGAUAAGUCAAUACAAUUUGUAUUUCAAUGCUACCAGAGGGUUUUACUGCUUGCGAUUUAACAUUAUCUUUAAUAAGUGCCUGGCGGGCAGCAAGGGGCGCAUUCAUCCAGAGGUGGACCCCUCUGUCAUUACCAAAUUGCGCAAAUUUUUUCAUCCUUUCAAUCAAAAAUUUUACCAGAUCACUGGGAGGACAUUGAACUGGCCCUAAAAUAGUAAGUCACACAACACUAUGUGUUGUGGCCUGGAGAAACGUGAUGCCUCCUUUAGAUUAUAAUAUGCACUUUUCCUGGACACAGCUAUUCAAGUCAUUUUUCCAUGUAUAGUUGUACAUAUGCAGUGUGUGGCCAAAUAUAAGAUCAGUUCUUUUUCUACUGAAAAUUUACAAAUAAAUAAAUAAAAGUUGCCAUCUGCAUAGUUGCAUCUUUUAAGCUAUUUACGAGAAAAAGAUGAGGUGGUGAUAUUGAGGAAAAGUGACUUCAGCUAUUCUCAAAGAGUUAGUCUUCCUUUGAUUCAGAAUCUGUCACCCGCCAUUUUCAUAGAUCUAAGCCAAAAGAUGAAUGUGUGAAAAUGUACCAAUGGCUGUGAAGCUUCAGGAAGUAGAGGAUUCAGUUACACAUUUCUUUUUUUUCCUAAGGGAAAGCUGGCUCCUUAAUUCAGGUGCUGAAUGGGUGCCAUGAAAACAGAAAAUGCUAUUUUCGUAUUAUUUGAAAGAAUGUCUUAUCUCAUAAAAUUGACCUCGUUCCAAAGUUCCUGUGGUGAUUUUGCACUAUCGUUUCCUCGUAUGGACCAUGGUAUCACUUGUAGCAUGUCAAUCACACGUUGGAAAGUCAAGUCCUUUUACUUCCAUGUUCUAUGUCAACAAAGAGAAAUGUCAUGUACAUAGUGUAAAUUGCUGUAAAUACUGGUUUCACACUAAGUAAUUCUAUUUUG